AUGAGUAGAGAAUUAGUUGUCGAAGAGACAAUUGCUUCCCAACUUAAGCGUCUCGGGAAUCAAAGGCCAGAAGUUUUCCGAUCGAAAUGGGCCGAAAUCGGCUUCGUAUUCUCUAUCUCAAUGUCUCAAAUUCUCUCGCGGAAGGAGUACUUUAUCUCUGGAUUUUCAGUUUUCCUUCCUGCUCUAAAUAAACAACUUCAAAUGUCAUCUGAAUCCUCCGUAUGGCCGGCUAGCGCAUUUUCAGUAACGGUAGCUAGCUUUCUCCUAAUUUUUGGACGGCUUUCGGAUAUCUAUGGGGGCUAUCCCGUCUAUGUAGCAGGAUGUGCAUGGCUUGCGGUAUUAAGUCUAGUCUGUGGAUUUUCUAAUGGCAGAAUCAUGCUAAACAUUUGCCGCGCACUCCAGGGAAUUGGUCCAGCCGCCUUUCUCCCAUCAUCUGUGAUGAUUCUGGGUAGUAUUUAUCGUCCGGGUCCUAGAAAGAACAUUGUUUUCAGCAUUUAUGGUGCCUGCGCUCCGAUGGGGUUCUUUAUUGGGAUCCUGUUGGCGGGAUUUACGGCUAAAUACGCGUCAUGGAGCUGGUUUUUUUGGGUGGGGGCUAUCUUAUCGAUUAUCACAGCUAUCACCGCUUACAUUACCAUUCCUUCUGAUAUGGAAGAAAAGCGAAAUUGCAAAGUAACGGCUCAAAUGGAUUGGCUUGGAUCAAUACUCGUGGUGGCAGGUAUCACCCUCUUCACUUUCGCUAUCAUUGAUUCAUCUCACGCACCGGACAAAUGGAAGACACCAUACAUCUAUCUUACCUUUAUUUUAGGUGUAAUUAUUUUGUUAACAGCAGCUUAUGUUGAGGCUAGAGUGGCUUCCCAGCCACUACUACCCACUUCCUUAUUUAAAGUACCAUGCAUGUGCGCUUUAUUUCUUGUUUUACUUUUAACUUUUGGGUCUCUUGGAAUAUUUUUGUUCUAUGCCACAUUCUACAUGGAAAAUGUAAUGGACGCAUCACCAUUUCAAGUAAUUGCAUGGUACACCCCCAUGGCUUUUGGUGGCUGUUUGAUAGCAGCAUUUGGUGGAAUGGUACUUCACCUACUGCCUGGUACAGUCCUAAUCAUCAUUUCUGGUAUUUCAUGGAUUAUUGCACCGCUUUUGUUCGCAAUCACACCCCAGAAAGCAAGUUACUGGACAUAUAUAUUUCCUUCAAUGAUGUGCGCUCCAAUUGGUAUAGAUAUUACGUUUAAUGUGGCUAAUAUCUUUAUCACAACAUCUCUGCCCAAGAGUCAGCAGGGGCUGGCAGGGGCUAUCAUCUCCCUUCUAGUUCACCUUGGCAUAGCAAUUAUGCUUGGGUUUGCAGAUAUUGUUAACACAUAUGCAACAGCGGUAGCAUUAUAUCCGAGGCAGAGUUACCACGCUGUUUUCUGGUUUGAAGUUGCCUGCGCAGCUACUGCCCUUUUAAUCUCGGUACUUUUUGUGCAGAUCAAGAGAGCCGAAAGCGAAAUGACAACAGAAGAAAAGAUCAAGCUUGAAGGUAUCGGCACAGAAACAGCUCUAAAAUUUAACUGCUGCAAGCCAAACGAUUGA